AUGACCGCUUCCAAACCCGCGUCCCGAGGCCGAACGAAGGUGAAGACCGGUUGCGCUACAUGCCGAAUCAGAAAGAUCAAAUGCGACGAGGCCAAGCCCUUUUGCGAGAAGUGUGCCAAGACUGGGCGCAAAUGCGAUGGUUAUGAGUCUGUCUUUAGGCCCUUCCCCAGCAAGCCGCAACAAAUCGGCAAGCCAGAUGCUGCAGCUUCAGGGCAUGAUUGCGCCGAAGGGAACCCUCCACUGAGCACUGGCGAUCUCAAUCGAUACUUCUCCACCAAGACAAUAUUUGACGUUGAGCUGAGCUGCAAUGAGGAAGCAGAGGAGGUCCUCCAAGCUAGCUUGACUAACGACUCGAUACGUCAUGCUCUGCUGUCCCUCAGGGCUCUUCGCGGAAAUCUCGAGUCGAAGAAAGAAGCAGUUACGUCUGAGACUGACGAACAGCAGAGAUUGAGUUACAACUACGGUCUUCAACAGUAUAGCGAAGCUUUAACGAGCCUCGCAUCCAACCUCGCAUAUCCCAGCCCCGACAGCUUAAAGUCCGCACUACUUUGUUGCCAAGUCUUGAUCAGCGUGGAGCAAGUCCGGGGGAACUUCUCAGCCAUGGGACUACAUAUAAUUCGUGGACUGAAUAUCCUACGCGAAUACCGCGCCAGACCGUACCUGACCACCGAUGGCCUGAUGUCAGCACGGCACAGCGGUCUGCCUUCCUUGGACGUCUUCAUUAUAAAGUUAUUUGCUGCGCCUUGCAGAUUCACUGAGCAGCAGACUUCAGAAUCUUCAAGCGUAAUGACGCCGCCGGUUGAAACGAGGAGUGAUCGAAAACUGGCGCCAAACAUGCGAGCGGAACUCACGAAGACCGCGACAUCAACUAUUGCGCUUCUCGAAAAUACAACAAAAAUCCAGUCGGAGGAGAAGUCCCAAUCCCUUCUUUUGGAAAGACAAGACUUGCUCGAUGGUUUGGAAUCAUGGCUCGGUGCUCUUGAAUCUCUUCAGCAGGAGACGCAACCAGGAGAGCCCGAGUCGACCUCUGAUAACUUCCUGCGCAUCUUGUAUCUAAUACUGAAAAUCAUUCUUCUCGGAAUUUUGGAAACUUCACCGGAACUUGAUACCAAGCUGAGGGAAGAAAGCAAGCAACUUCAGGAUUUAGCGAAUCUCGUCAACGAACGACUGAAGGACUAUGAUAUGCAACGGGGAAUUGGUAGUAGCUUAGCAAAGCAAUCUCAAUAG